UUGGCAAAAACGCUUACGUUUCUAUAGCUUUUCAUGCUCUUUUUGUGCAUGCAGAAUUAAUCCAUGUGAAAACAAGAUGCUGCCAGAAAUGCAGGAUCUGCACCUUUGGGUGCGGCCAGAAAUAUUUGAGCUGGGAGUUCUGCCUAUUGUCAUCCCUGAGAAGAUAUCUGUUGAGAUGUUGUCUAAAUUGCUGCAUCAUGCCCGAGAACUUGGUGAACGAGGCUAUCCCACCAUGACGUAUGAGACUUGGAACCAUCUUGCUAUCAGAAAAAUGGGCCUGAGUCAGGAGUGCUGCGAGGUGAUGUUUCUCAACUGCCAGCUCUUCUCUCAGCAGCUGCCUCCUCAACAGGAUGAAGACACGGUGACAUGGGACUCUGUGGUGUGGACCCUGGAGCUCAUCACGAUGCUGUACAUCCAGCGGGUGACCAGCGCCCACCCCCGCGUCCUGGCCCGGCAGACGUCCCUGCACCUGCUCACCAACGACCCCUGGCCUGCCACCGUCACGUCCAACAAUGGUGCUCCUGUGGCCGUGACCAGUGGAGCUGCGGUUAAUGGAUGCGGUGUGUCGAACAACCACGCCUCGUCUUCGUUCCCUGGGCUGGUCAAGAAGAAACUACCUGAGGAAUAUCAUCUAAAAUUCAUCAAAGAUUCGCUCUCAGAACUGCUUUCGCUACUGGCGGGGCACGUGUCAGUAGAGGACAGUGAGAGCAGAGCCCAGAAGCGCAGAUCUGGCGACUGGAAGAGCUUCAAAGACGUGCUGGGGUCCAUGAGAGGCAUGGGCGUCGUGGGCGUGGAGGUGGUGCGCGCUCUAGACAUCCUCAUCGGCGUCACCGCGCCCAACACGAGUGGUGUUAAACUGCUGGACGCCGCUAUUGACAAGUCGUUCUCCUACCAAUCAGGAUAUCUUAGCAAGAAAAAUACAUUCCAAAAGGGUCUGUUCGAGCAGUGGGUGCUGGGGCGGCUGGAUUGGUCCCCGCACGGCGAGUGGCUGUGCACGCGACGCGGGCAGCGCCUGCACUGGCCGGUGGUCGCUGCCUCGCCCCACCACAGGCUGCACUGCCACCCGCACCUGCCUGCACCUGCGCGAGAGCGGUUGGUGUGCAUCAGUGACAUGAUCGAAGGCAUCACAGUGCACCUCGGGGACGCCGCCACCAACACCACACCAAAGAAACCUGCGCGACAACCUGACCUCGGGUCAUCCUCUCCAAAUAUUCCUGCUGAUCCUUCUGCUUCUGUUGCUGUAAACCGUGACCAAACUCAUCCUUCGACCGGACUUAUGUUGGCGAAGGAUGUUGCAGGAAGAGAAAUUUUAAUUCCUGAUAGUGUUAAUCUUAGACGAAAAUUGGAAGUCAACGCAGGACUAUCAGAGAAUUUAGAUGUGAACAUUACGGAUGUGGAGGCUCAUAAAGUUCCAGAAGAAAAUUGCCCUAAUUCAUCGACAGCGCCGAAAAACGUAAAUAAUAAUUCUCAAGAUUCUGCAUUAAAUAAUCUUGAUGCUGAUUAUAGAAGAGCACAUAACGGCAUUGAUGUAGCGCUGUGUGAUAAUUUUAUUUCAACAAAUUCUGGCACAAAAGGCGCCAGCCACGCGCCUCUGAACCGCAGUUUGUCUGCGCCUUCGUCGGAGGCGUUCAGCGACUCUCCGCCUGCGCUGCCCCGGCGCUCGCUGUCAUUGACGGACGUCUCUCGGCCGGCGCUCCUGGACGUCAAGAUCAGACGUUGCACCAAGUCCCAGAUAUACAUUCUACAGCCGCUACGGCACGUGUUGCUGCACCGACUGCACGACACCAAAGUGGUGCUGGGGCCCGUGCAGGGGCGUCUCCGGCUGCAGGAGUGCCGUAACGUGACCGUCGUCGCCCCCGCCCGCAGCGUCGUCAUCUCCGAAUGCCGCAGCGUAGCGCUGUGCACCCUCACCCCACACCGCCCCUUGCUGCUGGAGGGCUCCUCCAGUUCAGGUCUGAGUUCAGUGACGGGUCACCAGAGCGUGACACUGGGACCGCUCAACCUGCACUACCCCAAACUGAUGCUCCACUUGAGCCUCGCCCGCCUCAGAGCCCACGACAACAAGUGGAACCUGCCCCUCAGACUCGGCGGAGACGGGCGAUGUGAGCCGAGCGAGUGCGGUCUGCUGAGUCCCGACGAGUUUCAACUUCAGACGCUGCCGUUCUUCCCGGCGCUUGUGGACGGCAGGCCGCCCCUGCUGCCGCCUGGGCUGCCCAACGCCUAUUGUCAGAGCGUGAAGGCGAGCCAGGCGGCCGUGAUGAGCGUGAGGGCUGAGAUGCGUGAGGCUUGCUUGUCGCCCCAGCAACGCUCCGUCCUGCAGCGAGCCAUCGACCAGCGCUUCAAGGCUUGGUUGCGAGAAACUGGCAAGGAAAUUGAGUUGGAUCUCUUGAAUAAAUUGUCUGAUCACCUACGUCUUCAGGUCGUCUCAUAGAUAAAUACUGAUGCCUAAUUAUCGCGUGUCCCAUAAUAUUGUGAUUGCGGGUUUGAACACAGGCACGUCUCAGGCUCUAUCUACAAUUAAACUCCAAAUUCCGUUGGGAACUUGACUGUGAGGGCUGAUAGAUUUUAAUUUGAAGUCGAAUGGAAUCAGCUGUUGAUGGUCAACGUUCAACGGUUAGGGCUCGGUCUGUAGAAACUUUCUUUCUACAGUACAAUGGCAUUAGGGUCAUAAUUCAAUUUGAACCGUUGACAGCUAGCAAAUUGGGCUAGUAGAAAUUUUAAUUUUUCAGUUUUUUUUACAUUUUUUCACCAUAUAGCUUCGAACCAGCUGUCUGCGAUGAUUACCUUAGUAGCUUAGGGUUUAGUUAUAGUAGCUUAGUGCCUUAUCUUAGUUUGUAUGUUGUCUAGGAAUAUUCGAUUCUAGUCUCAUACACGAUCAAAUUUCAGCAAAUUGUGAAGUGGAAAUUGUAAAUUGCUAGGGUCCGCGGCCAGUUAUUGUAGGUGGUUUGUUGCAGAGUUUCGAUUGUCAGAACGCUUUAGUCGAGACGCGGUCCAUCUAUUUCGGAACUUUGAGUGGUCACACUAGGAAAGUUUUUAAUAAAGCACGUGAUGAACCUAAUAUAUUGGAUGGUCAGUAAGUUCUGUUAGAAACGUUGCUGCUAAGGAGGCUAGUGAAACUUUCAGUUUUCCCAAUGAAUGCAUUUCCGACUAAUUCAGUCAAGUGAAAAGAACCAAAGAAAAAUCUCUUUGACCUAGCAGUUUUUAUAACAUAAGAUAUGUACAAAUUACCUAAAAUAGGUUAUAUUACAUAGUGGUAACGACACCGGCUUGCUGUGCCUCCACCAUGUUUUUCGCUCGCUGUCAAGGAAACGAUGCACGAUA